AUGGAGCCCCCGGAAUCGGUGACAUUUGAAGAUGUAGCCGUCGACUUCACCCAGGAAGAGUGGAGCCUGCUAGACAAGUCCCAGAAAAACCUGUUCAGAAAUGUGAUGCUGGAGACGGUCACCCACCUGGUCUCUGGUCACAUUCACAGUAGAGGCAAGUUUUGUGAAUGUCCUCUGUGUAGGAAAGUAUUUAGCAAUUGCUUUAGCCUCAGACAACACAAGAUGAUUCACAUUGGAGAGAAACCAUACAAAUGUGGUCUCUGUGGAAGUGGCUUUCUUCAAAGUUCUGACCUUAGAAACCACAGUCGGGUCCACACUGGAGAGAAACCAUUUAAAUGUCAUGUGUGUGGGAAACUCUUUAGUCAAAGGUCCUACCUGAAACAACAUGAGAAGACUCACACAGGAGAGAAGCCCUACAAAUGUCGUCUGUGUGAGAAAAAUUUUAAUCAAAUCUCUUACCUUAGAAAACACGAGAAAAUCCACCCCAAAGAAAAGCACUAUGAAUGUCAUCAGUGUGGAAAAACAUUUAGCCAAAACUCUGGCCUUAGUCAGCACAAGAGAAUCCACACUGGAGAGAAACCUCACGUGUGUCUUGCGUGUGGGAAGGCCUUCAGUCAGAGUUCUGAAUUGACUCGGCACAAAAGGACCCACACAGGAGAGAAACCCUAUAAAUGUCAGCGGUGUGGGAAUGCCUUCAGUCAAUAUACAAACCUGAGAAGGCAUGAGAGAACACACACCGGUGAGCAACCCUAUGAGUGUCAGGUCUGUGGGAAGUGCUUUAGUCACAGCUCUUCCCUUAGACGACACAAGGGAACCCAGCACCAGAGAGAAAACCAGGAAGGCCCUCAGUAG